AUGGGCUCUUGCUCUGGAAAGCGUUCUAACAACAAUUCAGCUACUAAGAACUCUAAUAAUAAACCUGAAACAGAUAAUUCUUCCCCUUAAAAACUUUAACCGAAUGAUGCUUAAUCUUGUCUUGGCAAUUUGAUCAUCACAAGCGAAAAGCUAGGACGUAUCACAAAAGAUUACACACUUUUGAAUCCACCCUUGGGAAGCGGUAUUCAAAUUAUUCAAUCACCUUUAGGAGCAUAUGGGGAAGUCAGAAAAGCUAUCCACAAGAGCACAAACCUAAUGAAAGCUGUCAAAAUUAUACACAAAUCAUAAACUAGCAAAGAGGAAUAGGAGAGAUUGAUGAAUGAAGUUAAAAUGCUUUAAAAAUUAGAUCAUCCAAAUAUCAUUAAAAUUUUCGAAUUUUACUAAGAUGAUAGAUUCUUUUACAUCGUAACAGAACUAUGUACAGGAGGAGAACUCUUCGAUAAAAUUAGACAUGAGGGCAGUUUCUCAGAAAAGAAAGCAGCUGAAAUCAUGAAACAGAUAUUAUCCGCUAUCAAUUAUUGUCAUGAUGAGAAGAUUGUUCAUAGGGAUUUGAAACCAGAAAAUCUACUAUAUGAAUCUGAAAAAGAAAAUUCCAUGCUCAAAAUUAUUGAUUUUGGCACAUCCAAAGAAUUUGUUCCCAAUUAAAAGUUAAAUUAGAAAUUGGGCACACCUUAUUACAUUGCUCCUGAAGUUCUAAAAAAGAAGUAUGAUGAAAAAUGUGAUAUUUGGUCUUGUGGUGUAAUCCUGUAUAUUUUGUUAUGUGGGUAAAACAUAUUAUCUAAUUUGAGAUAUCCACCGUUUGAUGGAAAAACAGAGGACAAAAUUAUGGAGAAAGUGUCUAAAGGUGUUUAUUCAUUUGAUACUCAAGAGUGGGAAGAAGUUACAAAGGAAGCCAAAGAGUUCAUUAGAAAAAUGCUUCAACUCGAUCCUAGUAAGAGAUAUAGUGCCCAACAAGCUUUAAAUGACCCAUGGAUUAAGAAAUUCUCAAAUCCAACUGAAUUUGAUAGACCCUUAAUGACCAAAGUCUUAACAAAUAUGAGAAAAUUUACAGAAUAGCAAAAAUUAUAAGAAGCUGUUUUUAAGUUUAUUGUUAAUCAAUUGGCCACAAAAGAAGAGAAGGCUGAACUAUUAAAGAUCUUUUAAUGUUUGGAUACGAAUCAAGAUGGAAAAUUGAGUAAAGAGGAGUUACUUGCAGGAUAUUCAAAGAUUAUGAAACCAGUUGAAGCUGCUGAAGAAGUUAAUCGCAUAUUUUAAUAAGUUGAUAAAAAUAAUUCUGGUUCUAUUGAUUAUACAGAGUUUGUUAUUGCAACAAUUGAUAGAUAGUAGUUGUUAUCUAAAUAAAGAUUGUAAGUAACUUUUCGUAUGUUUGAUAAAGAUAAAAGUGGAAGUAUAACAAUAGAUGAAUUGAAAGAGAUAUUUAGUGGAAUUCCAGAAGAAAUGUGGAAAUAGGUAGUAUAGGAGUUUGAUUCUAAUUCUGAUGGUUAAAUUUCAUUGGAAGAAUUCUUUUCAAUGAUGAAGAAAAUCGAUUGA